UGAGAGAUGGUGAAUGAAUACAAGAGAAUUGUUCUUCUGACAGGAUUGCAGUGUAUCAGUGACUAUAAUUUUAGAAUAGUUAAGUCUUUACUGAUCCAUGACCUACAACUGACUAAGAAAAUGCAAGAUGAGUAUGACAGAAUUAAGAUUGCUGACUUAAUGGAAGAAAAGUUCCAGAAGGAUGCUGGAUUGAGCAUACUGAUAGAACUGUACCAAGAUAUUCCAGAACUUGGAGACCUCGUUGAUACACUUAGAAAAAAGAUGGCAGAAGUUGAAAAUAAAAGCAGAAGCAAAGCCAAAAACACUGCAAUAGGACCCAGUCAGAACGAAUCCAGCACUUCCCACUUUGUCUUCAACACAGAGGAAGAUUUGGAACUAGGAUCAACUAUGGCGACACCUUCAUCAGAGAAACCUGAAGACGCACUCACCAAAUCACUUGACAUCAUGACAACACAGUCAUUCCAGGAAGAGUAUAAACUUCCAGAACUUUCAACAGCCAACAGAUGCCCAGCUAUGAGUGAACCACAGACUUCUCAGGGGCUUCCAACAACAGCCUGCAGCAGCCUCCAGACUCCCCUGGAGCCUCCAGAAAUAUCACACAGCAUAUUGACAACAUCCCAGGGUCCUUCAGCACCAUUUUCCACCAGCGAUCGGACUUCUCAGGUGUCUCCAGUGACAGCUUCCAGCAGCAUUCACACCUCUCAGGUAACUUCAAUGGUUUCUUGUAGUCAUCGAGAUCAUCUGAAGUCUCAAAAAAACAGUUAUGGACUUGUAUACCUCCAAACUGCAGGACCACCUGUGCCUCCAGGUGGCUCCCUACAUUUGAUGUCUGCAGCGACACUAUCUGGCAGUUACAAUACUCCUCAGGUGACCCCAGCAACAGUGCACAGCAGUGACCAGGCCUCUUGGGUGACUCCAACAACAGUUCCCAGCAGUGUCCAGGCCUUUCUGGUGACUCCAGCAACAACAACCAGUGGUUACAACAGUCCUCUAGUGUCUGCAGCAAGAGUAUCUGGCAGUUAUAAUACCCCUCAGUUCACCCCAACAGCAAGGGCUAGCAACUUUAAUCCUCCUCCACAGUCUCCAGCAUCACGGCCUAGCAACUUUAGUAUGCAACAGGCGUCUUUGGCAACAGUAUCCAGAAGUUUCUCUGCUGCUUUGGUGUCUCCAGCAACACCAUUCAAGAAACCAAGACUGAAGACUGUACCUAAGCAAUCUUCUCAGGAAGAUGGUUACCACCAAGGUCCCAAAGAAGUGGUGGUAUUAAAAGCGACAGAACUAUUUAUAUAUGACAUGAGAGAAAAUAAAAUGAUGUUCCAUGCCACAGUGGCCACUGAGACUGAAUUCUUCAGAGUGAAGGUUUUAGACUAAGUACUAAAGGAGAAGUUCAUCCCCAAAAAAGUCAUUGUCAUCUCAGAUUACAUUGGCCACAAUGGUUUUCUAGAAAUACACAGAGCCUCCAGCGUAUCAGAGGUGAAUGGCACCAAUAUAAUGAAAAUUCCAGUUUCCCUGAGACAAAGAGCCAAUGCAACACCUAAAAUGAAUACUAUUUGUUCACAAAUAGUAGGGACAUUUGUGAAUGGAGUUUUUGCCGUGUAUGUGAAAAAGGUGAAGGGUGAAUUCAUUUACUAUGGAAUAGAAGACAACACAGGGAAGAUGGAAGUGGUGGUUCACGGACAAUUUACCAAUAUGUACUGUGAGCCAGGGGACAAGCUUAGACUCCUCUGCUUUGAAUUGAGCUCAUGUGUGGAUACGUGGCAGCUGAGCUCAUGUGUGGAUACGUGGCAGCUGAGAUCUGAGAUGCACAGUUACUUGCAGGUCAUCUGGGCUAGGAGGAGAGACAUAGAACCACCCAAUCCCCAUUCAGCUAUGGAAAUAUACCAAUAUUCCAAUAUUAAUACAACUGAACAACACCGGCAAUAAUGUUUAUGGUGAUAUGAUGCAAGUGCAGAAAAAUGUGUAUGUGCAAAGAAAGGGAGGGGGCAAAGAAAAAUGUAUAGCUCAAUAAAAAUAAUUUAAAAAGCAAAAAUAUGUAUAUAGCAUAUAGUGAUAUAUAUACAUAUAUAUGUCUCUUAAUUUUAGAAAGUAGUGUUCUUUUACUUUGCUUUUUAUACAUUUUUGAUUCUCUAUAUUUAUAUUUUCCAUCUUUAUGUUUCAAAACUUGAAAAAAGAAUAAUAAACUUUUUAUCUAAAGCAGUUUUUCCCCAGAAGUCUCUUUCAUCCAUUUAUAAGUUCUUAUGAAACAUAUGGCUUGUGCUCUGCAGAUUUGAGAUACAUGUCAACUUGUACUUUGGAUGGGAUAGUCAGGGACAGAGGCCUCUUCUUGAAGUAUCAGGCUAUGAACCAUGCAGGAAAAAAAAAACAAGUUCAAAGGAACAUGGGGUCUGGAGUGCAAUCUGAAGUGUAGUCCCAAGGCUUGUGCUUCAAGGAGGGGCUUCAUUGGCUGAGGAAAACAAAGGGAGGUUGUAGGGACUUAAGGCCUACCAGGCCAGAGGGGGUCCACCUGGAGUCUUGCUGGCACUGUCAGAGGUCCUGACCAUGCCUAGCCAAAGAGGAGUUACCAAGCUGUGUUU